CGAAAUGUGAAGUGAAACAUGAAGUGAAAUAUGAAAAGAAAAAUGAAGCAAAAUAUAAAGCAAAAUAUAAAGCAAAAUAUAAAGCAAAAUAUGAAGCAAAAUAUGAAGCAAAAUACGAAGCAAAAUAUGAAGCAAAAUAUGAGUGA